AUGGCCAACAAGGACAAAGAUAUGCCAGAAUUAAAUGAUUCUGGAAGUCCAGAAUUGGCCUCUUUGAAACAACAAAGGGCCACAAUGAAAAGAAACAUUACUUGUUUAGAAAAGAAAAUCGAUAAGGAUGGAGAUACUGCUGAUACAACAAUUUUGCAAUGUCGGCUCGAAAUUUUAGAGUCCUACUUCAAACAGAUUUCCCAUAUUCAAGGGCAAAUUGAAAAAAUAAGUCCUUCCGAUGUCACUAGGAGUGACUUAGAAGAAAUAUAUAUUGCAGCCAAGGCAAAAUUGUUGUCCAUCUUAAACAAAACUCGUAGUUCGACUUCAAUGGAACAAAGUUUCUUCAACACUUCGAUCGGACUUUCCAAUCAAACUCGUUUGCCCUCGUUAAAAUUGCCUCGCUUCGAUGGAAAGUACGCAGAUUAUAAACGAUUUAUCACUACUUUCAAUAAUAUGGUUCAUGAUAAUUCGUCGAUUACGCCAGUAGAUAAAUUCAAUUAUCUGUUAAAUUGUCUUUCUGGUCCAGCCCUAUCAGUUGUGGAACCUUUCCAAGUGACUGAUGAGAAUUACCCGAAGGCCCUUGAUAGGUUGAGGGAGCGGUACGACAACAAAGUACUAAUUUUCUUGGAACACAUUACAACACUUUUCAACAUUCCUGAAAUGUCCAAAGGCGACAGUGUUUCAUUACGUUAUAUCAUAGAUACCGUUUCUGCAAUUCGUGGUUCACUAUUAUCGCUUGGAUCGGAAUUAGACAUUAUGAAUGCUAUUAUAAUUCAUAUUGUUUUAUCGAAGCUGGAUGAUAGUUCUAAACAGAAUUACGAUGAAAAACUAGAUUUUAGAUCAUUGCCCUCAUGGGACACCUGUUAUGACAUCUUGAGUCAUCGAUGUCAAUUUUUGGAAAGUCAUGGAAAGAAAAGUGAACAAAAAAGUAGUUCUACUGGCACAAAGCCAAAAUCAAACUUUUCUCGUAAUGCAAAUACUUUUCUUAGUUCGAAUAGAAACACAACUUGUUCGUAUUGUAACAGCUCUGGUCAUCAUCUCGCCAUCUGUUCAUCAUUUUUGUCGCUCGUAGUUUCGGAACGUUUUAAUUUCGUAAAACGUAAUGGGCAUUGCAUAAACUGCCUUCGAAAGGGUCAUUUAGUUUCGAAAUGUCCUUCUAGUAGUCGUUGUAGGGUUUGUCAGUCCGCUCAUCAUACUUCGUUACAUAUUUUCGUUCAACCGGAAUCAGCACCAGUUAAUCCAGCUCCUCCUGAAACAUCUACAAAUAAUGCAACAUCGUUAGUAGCUCGUUCGUUCAAAAGAGCCAUAAUACCAACUGCGGUGGUUCUUAUCAAAGAUAGUUUCGGUUGUUAUCAACCUGUAAGAGUUCUUCUGGAUUCCUGUUCUGAAAUUAACUUCAUUACAGAAGAAACUGCCAAGAAACUUAAACUACGUUUUCUACCAAAUUGUCAAGAUGUUUCUGGAAUAAGUGAAAUUCAAACAAAAAUAAGAUAUUCUGUCGCUGCUACCAUAAAAUCCCGAAUUGGUUCAUUUCAGUGGUCAUCAACAUUUGCUGUAACGAAAUCUAUAUCAGCCCAACAGCCUGGUGAAAAAAUAGAUACAACAAGGUUCACAAUUCCAGAAACCAUACAACUCGCAGACCCGCUUUUCUAUAAGCCCCAACGCAUUGAUUUGUUAAUUAGUACGGAAAUAUUUUUCGAUUUGUUGCUCGAAGGACGCAUUUCGUUAGGACAUGGCAUGCCUUGCCUUGUUAAUACAGUUUUUGGAUGGAUUGUCGGUGGAAAAUUCAAGGAUCAAAAAAAUCCCUCGACCCUUACAUGUAAUUUGGCCCUAGAUUCUUCAACUUCAAUUCUUGAUAACACAUUGAGAAAAUUUUGGGAAGUUGAGGAAUAUGUAAGUGGUCCUCAAACAUUUACCAAUGAGGAACAAGCGUGA